GAGCCCAGCCUUUCCUUGAACAAGUCACCUAAAAAAGCACAAAUGAGUCCCAGCAUCCCUGCCGAGGCCAGCCAGCCUUUCCCCGCGCACUCCACCGUGGCUCAGAGAAAACAAGCUAACGAGCUCAGAAAGACUCUAAAACCCCUGCUGGAGAAGAGAAGGCGCGCUCGCAUCAAUGACAGCCUCAACCAUCUGAAGAGCCUGAUUGUGCCCCUUGUCGGCAAAGACAGCGCGCGCUACUCCAAGCUGGAAAAAGCUGAUAUUCUAGAAAUGACCGUGCGUUUCCUCAGAGAUCUUCCUUCCGCUCCAGUCAAAGAGACCGCAGACAGUUACAGAGAAGGCUACAAAGCCUGCCUCCAGCGCGUCUCCGCUCUGCUCCCCAAGACGAGCCUGGACCAGGACGCGUGCCAGCGGGUGCACGAGUUCGUCCAGCAGUCCAUGUCCACCACGGUCACACCGACCUGCCUGAACUGCUGUGCGCAGAACUCCAGGAGCUUCCCCCAGAUCCAGCAGAGACUCCUGAGCCUGAAGUCCAGCUUCAGCCACAGACCGGGGAGCCAGGAGUCCCCCAGAGGCGCGGCUGCAGCCCCCAGAGCGCAGUCAGGUCCGCAGCCGGUCUGCGCAGCUGUGUGGAGACCCUGGUAG